UCGAGGGCGAGCGGGCGUCCAUUUUGCUUCGCCAUAUUGAAUUUGGUCGGACAUCUUUGGACGCCAUGUUUAGGCAGACAUAUUUUAUAAACAUUUUCGCGUAAUUUUCAAAUAUUUUUCAGCUAAAAUAGCGAACUUUUUUUCACUGAAGUCUGUGGGAUUUAUCGCGGUAAAUAUUGUGUGAAAAUAUUCUGUGCCUACGCAGCAGUCCAUAUCUGUCUCCAGGGGACCGUUCAGCUUUUGUUACAAGAUAAAUAGAGCCUCAAGGCGCGGUUCAAGAUGAUGAACCAGGAGAUCAUGUGCGAGGUGGAGAUCGGCACGCACGGCGGCAUGGGCGAGAUAGACGGCGAGGACCAGGUCGGGGUUAAGUACGAAGAGAUAGAGGCUGGUCAGUACGAGGAGUACAUAACUGAUGACCAGUACGAGGAAGUGGAAGAGCAGGUCAUUGGAAUGCAGCACCUGGAAGAAGAUUAUAAAAUUUCAGUUGGCAGCGAAGAGGUGAUCCUGCCGGGCAUAUCCGGGGAGGAGGUUCUCAAUUCUGGCAGCGAUAAUGUCUAUGAUUCGGUGUACCAGCCUCCUUCCACUAGCAGCAGGGGCCGUGGCAGGCCGCGAUCAAACACGACCAACACAAACAUGACACAUUUGAUGCCGAUCGGUGAAGUGCCAAUGGGCAUAAUGGAGACAGCUGGCCCCGGGCGAGGCACGGCGAGGAGGUGGGAGCAGAAGCAGGUGCAGAUCAAAACCAUGGAGGGGGAGUUCAGCGUUACCAUGUGGGCCACAGGGGAGGAUGAUGAUGAUGGAUCGAACCCGGAACCCGACCCAGACUACACAGAGUAUAUGACCGGGAAGAAGAAUAUACUGAGUGGAGAGCCUAUGCCAGGUUUAGAUUUAUCGGACCCCAAGCAGUUGGCAGAGUUUGCUCGGCCCGGACACAAGAUCAGGCUGAAGAAACCAUCGCCGGAGUCAUCAGACAGAACCAUAGCGUGCCCGCACAAGGGCUGCACGAAAAUGUUCCGCGACAACUCGGCGAUGAGGAAGCACCUGCACACGCACGGGCCGCGCGUGCACGUGUGCGCCGAGUGCGGCAAAGCCUUCGUGGAGAGUUCAAAGCUGAAGAGGCAUCAGUUGGUCCACACCGGGGAGAAGCCUUUCCAGUGCACCUUCGAGGGCUGCGGGAAGCGGUUCUCUUUGGAUUUCAAUCUCAGAACGCACGUGCGAAUUCACACCGGCGACCGCCCGUACGUGUGUCCGUUCGACAGCUGCAACAAGAAGUUCGCUCAGAGCACCAAUCUGAAGUCCCACAUAUUGACCCACGCGAAAGCAAAAUCGAGAAACUCCCUAUCCCGCAACGGAGGCAACUCGUACGAGUCAGCCCGGACGACGCCCCAGUUCGUCCAGCUGGAGAUGUCCCCGGAUGACUCCAACCACCAGCUGAUCUUCUACACGCACGAAUGAAGCUCGUCCUCCAGCGAGGACGGGGUGCCGUGAUCUGACGGGGUGGACGAAGCCCCGUGAGCUGGCCAGGCGCCCCUCUCGGAUCCUGGAGGAUAUAAUAGUGUUUUAGUGUUGAACUUUGUUAAAAACUGUGGUGAUGUGUCAAAAGAAGCUGUGGUGAUGUAGGAGUGUUAAGUGAUCUGAGGUGAUGUAGGAUUUAAUAGGGUAAAAUUGUUUUGUGUGAAUAUGGGACUUAUUGCAUUAUCGGCAAGUGAGGAACAAAUAAAUUUCAGUUGCACCAUCCCAGAGGGAUCUGGAAGAGAACCAAUGAUGAUUGUGUGUAACUGAUCCCUGAU